GGGUGGGUGCUAGGAAGGCGAAGGAGUGCGGGGAAAAAUGGGAGAACAUGUACCAGCAGUUCAAAUCCGUGCACAGAUUCAUGGGACAAUCUGGGAAGCAAAAUUUCUUCACACUAACGUCGGUGGAGAGGAAGGAGAAAGGGUUCGACUUUCGGAUGGAUGAGCGUGUGUAUUCCGAGAUGAACACGAUGUUGAAGGCCGAUCACAGCAUUCACCCGACGAAUCUCGCGGACACGGGUGCGGCUGGAGGGGUUCAUAUGGUCGGGCCAAGUGGCAGCCGGAACAAAUCCGUGGCUAGCGAGGGAUGUGGGGAUGGACAGGAUGACGAUCAGGGAUCGACGAGGGAUUCGACAUUCAGUGGUGGUAGUGCAGACGGGGGCGGCAAAAGGAGGAACGUGAGACAAUACACGUUCGAUGAGAUCGCCGACGUCAUGGAUAAGCACGGGAAGCUGAUGACGACAGUGGUGGAUAGCGCGAUCAAGAGGCAGUGUUCAAUUCUCACGAGGCAAUGCGACAUUCUCGAGCGAGAGGUGGAGGUGCAGAAGAAGCACUACGAGAAGACCGACCAGGAGAACCUGAUGAUGUGCAAUGCCCUUUUGGAGAUCGCGAAAGCGAUCUUAACGUCUAUCAGUCACUCGUCUCCGAGACUACGUCAGCAGGACACGCCAGCAGACCACGUCAGCAAGCCACAUCAGCAAGCCACGUCAGCAAGCCACGUCAGCAAGCCACGUCAGCAAGCCACGUCAGCAAGCCACGUCAGCAAGCCACGUCAGCGGACAGAGCAAGAAUACCACGUCAGCAGGCCCCCGGCCUGGUACAUGCUGUUGCGAUCACAGACAGCCGUCAUGGAUCAGAGGCUCGGUGAAGCAGACGAGGCCUAUCUGGCCCGGAUGAUGGCUUGGAGUACCGAGACAAAGAAACGGGCAGAUGACGCAGCUGCAGCAGCGAAGAAGAAGGCAGAGGAUGCCGAGCAGGCACGUCUGCUGGCACUCAAACAACAACGCGAGCAUGACGAGGCAGCAACAAGGGCUGCCGAUGAAGAAAGGAACCAACGUCGUGAGAAGAUAUUUAGCGGAGGGCAGACCUUGCUCACAAUGGCGGCGGAAUGGCGGACCAAGGCUGAGAAUGGCAAGUUGGAGGAUUGCGAAAACAAGAUCGCUCUCCUCCUCUCGCAUCUCACAGACCUCCUGGCUACAUGCAUUACGCAGCAGGAGGAUAUCCACAACCUCGACAACUCGCUAGCUAAAUUACAAAGUCGCCUGCAGCAGCUGGAGCAGCGACCUGUCGCCGCACCCGAUGCAAGCGCUUCCACCACCUCCGAUCGCCUCGAAGCAUUGGAGAUGCACGUCGCCUCCAUCCAGGACGGCGCACAGUUACAGCAGACGGCGACGCAACAGUUGCAGCAGCGGAUCUGUACCACCGCCAAUACCUCGAGUUCGGAGCCUCGCGAGACAACUCCAAAGUUUGACGGGCAGGAGAUUUUCUGCGACUCGAUCAAGACAGAUCCGAUUCCAUGGUUCCGCAAAUUCGAGCUCACGCUGCAGCUCCACAACGUCAAAGAACACAAGCACCACUCAUACUUGUACUCUCGCUUAGAGGGCGUGUGCCAGGCUUGGUUGGACAACCUCUUGUCCAAGUACGGAGUGUUAGCUGCCGACUUACACACCAAGAUCAGUUGGGAUGAUCUGAAGGCGGCGUGGCACAAGCGGUUCCAGGUUGAGCCGCCGGAGAUCAAAGCUAUGGACAAGCUCAUGGUCUUCGAACAAGGCACGCUGCCGAGUACCGACUGGAUCGCCGAGUACCAACGCUUAACGUCAGUCCCAAACAUCCAGAUGGACUUCAAAGCCAUCCGCCAUUACUUCAUCUCAAGGUCCUGUCUGACAUUAAGUAAUGCCCUGACUCACGGCGAGGACACCUUGACGACGAUGGCGGAACUUUUUGACAAGGCCGCGCAGAUCAUCAUUACGAACAAGGAGGCGAAGAAUCUGCGUUCGUUUGCGGCAGGCCCGAGCCGGGAUUAGCAUCGGCGAAGAGUGGUCGUGGUCACGGAAGCAACGCCGUUUGACCAAACCAGUGC